CUGUUACAUCUAUUCUAUACAUUGUCAAUGCAUGUGACUCAAACGAGUAACAAAGCGACAAAGCUAUUCAUUGUUCUUAUUGUUAGUUCAGAUGUGAAAUGUCAAAGAAUUAAUAAGCAAUUUAGCUGUUAUUUUAUAAACAUUUAAAUUUGUCGAUUAUGGACCCAGGGAGAAAUGAAAUUUGUGAUUUGAAAGAAAUUAUUUUGAACGAAAGUGUUGAUACUGGCAUCCAGGAUCGUAAGUCGUUAAGACGACCAAAACGUGUAUUGCACUUUUCGGAUGGUGAUUUAGAAGAAUAUUCUGAAGAUGAAACAGAUGCACCACCUGUAAAUAUGACAGUGACUCAAAUAGAUCCAAAAACUUUGGAUUGGUUACCUUGGGCAUGGUAUCAAACUACUUCUAUUGGUAAUAAAAUGUUGGAUGGCUGUGAUUAUGUAGGUGAAUGGUUAGCUGGCUUUUUUGGAAUAACAGCACCUAAGUAUCAAUUUGAAAUCAAUGAAUUUUAUAGACUUCAGGCUCUUGAAAAUGAAAUUCUACGCAAGCAGGAUUUAGAAAUGGGUGGAUGGAAUGAACAUAAUAAGAAUAAUCUUGUAAAUAAUGUACAAUGAGUUCAUUGUUAAAUUAUGCUUUUUAUAAUAUUUAUUUAUUAAAUUAUUAUGUUUAUAAAGUA